CAACUUGCGCAAUUUCUCGCGAGACUUUAGUACAGUGACUUCCAAUGCUUCCAACCCGCCGCGAGGCGAGUCUUCCUGACAUCCCUUCGUACCGGACAGUCCGCCUUCCCUCCGGCCCGCACUGUCUGACCCUCAGUCUUUGACGCAGCGCAAACCGUUUCUCCUCAGCGCAUUUACUCGGGUUAGCGAGCUGCUAGCUUGGAAAAGCGCCUCAAUGGAUCCCCAAAACACUGAACCCAAAGUGCUGCUGAGCCGCGCCAAGACGUUCAGGCUCCACACCGGGAAUUUGGUGAACCGGAGUCGGAUGAAGAAGAAGUGCCCGUGCUCCACUAGCGAGGAGCUUCGAGACUGCAUUCAAGCCACAAUGACUGACUGGGUGUCCAUGAAAAAAGCAGCAUCACCGGAUUUUCCAGAUGUUCUGGACUGCUCUCUUCCUGAAGCGACCGAUGCUAUCACACCGGAGGAGAGGGAGGAGCUGAAGGUUUCAGUGAAGCUCUUCCUGUGUGAGGCGGGUCUGUCCGCCAUCAGAGACGCUGUGGAUCUGGCCUGUCAGACCCUGGCCGUGUCCCAGCUGGACUCUGUCAUCAUCGCCCCCCCUCCACCUCUGGAGGCCGACCAGAGUCUGGCUCACCUGCAGCCGGCGUGGGAGCAACUGGAGGCUCUGGUCAGGAGUCAGAAGAUAGCAGCCAUUGGGACGUCUGACCUGGAUAAAGAUCUGCUGGAGCAGCUGUACAACUGGGCUCAGGUUAAGCCCAGCAGCAACCAGGUCAACCUGGCCUCCUGCUGCGUCAUGCCCCCUGACCUGACGGCCUUCGCAAAAGAGUUCGACAUCCAGCUGCUCACGCACAGCGACCCCAAAGAGUUAAUGUCGGCAGAAACCUUCCUGGAGGCCAUGCGGGACGGAGCGCAGGACCAGAGCAUCGCCGACUGGAGGCUGGAGUGGGUCCUCCGCUACUCCGUCAUCGUCAAGAGCCGCGGCAUUUUCAAGUCCAAGGGCUACCUCGUCAGCGCAAAGAGGGUGGAGCCCUAGCACGCCAAACGAAGAGAUCAAAGCGCCACGGAUGAAGCCAUUCUCCUCCGUUUUCAUUCGGUGUACAGUCGCAGUUCGGGUCAUGAAGGGGAAAGAUCUUCCAGAAAAGCUUUUCCUGUCCGUAGCUGGAGCAGGAAGUCAUCAUGAAGAAACUCAUUCACACUGACAGCUGCUCAUCCACUAGAGAUGUCGAAGGUUAUUGAACUGUUUCAUGUAAAGUGCCUCAUCCAUCACUUCCUCUCUGCUUUCUUCUCAACGAGUGCAGCUUUAAAUCUGAUCUUCUGACUCGGUCGGGUAGAAAAUGUUGAUUUUAAUAAAGAAUGUUUCCUAUUUUAAUCAAAAACCAAAACAGAUUUGAUCAGAUUUUUUUUCAAGCAAUAACAGAACUUUACAUUCCUAAAAAAAAUGGCAGUUGUUGAUUGUAUAAUGAGUCAGAUUGAGGAUAAGAUCACGUGUGUAUAUACGGCUAUUUUAUCAUUCUUGUUUUCUAACUGCUGUUCACGAGGGCGUUCGCCCGUCUGACCACAUGUGCUCGUUUAAUUCAUCUGAUGAAGCAUAAAGGAAUAUUUUGAGAUGAA